CGUGGGCAGCGGCGCGCUGAGCCGGGACCUCGUCUGGACCUCGCCGGCCGGGUGGGAACCGCGCGGCGGUUGGCGGUGGGCGGAGCCGGCUAGCGGGCUAGGGGCCCGGCGCAGCUAGGUGGAGGCAUGAGCUUCCCGCCGUGUGAUCAGGCCCGGUAGUGCAUCGUGGCACUGACCUGUGCGUCCAUGCAUGGUGUGGCCCUGCGGUGACCGGUGCAACCCAGCCUGCGACCAUGGUGAAGCUGUUGGUGGCCAAAAUCCUCUGCAUGGUGGGUGUGUUCUUCUUCAUGCUGCUGGGCUCCCUGCUCCCCGUGAAGGUCAUCGAGACAGACUUUGAGAAAGCCCAUCGCUCCAAAAAGAUCCUUUCCCUCUGCAACACCUUCGGUGGUGGGGUCUUUCUGGCCACCUGCUUCAAUGCGCUGCUGCCCGCCGUGCGGGAGAAGCUUCAGCGUGUACUGAGCCUCGGGCAUCUGAGCACCGACUACCCGCUGGCGGAGACCCUGCUGCUGCUGGGCUUCUUCGUGACCGUGUUCGUGGAGCAGCUGGUGCUCACAUUCCGCAAGGAGAAGCCAUCCUUCAUCGACCUGGAGACCUUCAACGCGGGCUCGGAUGCGGGCAGCGACUCGGAGUACGAGAGCCCCUUCGCCGGGGGUGCGUGCGGCCGCACAUUCUAUGCCGAGGGCCACACGCAUGCGCACGGCGCGGGCCUGAGUGUGCAGGAGCUGUCGCGCUCGGGGCCGUUGCGCCUGCUCAGCCUGGUCUUCGCGCUGUCGGCGCACUCGAUCUUCGAGGGCCUGGCGCUGGGCCUGCAGGAGGAGGGCGAGAAGGUAGUGAGCCUCUUCAUGGGUGUGGCCAUCCACGAGACGCUGGUGGCGGUGGCCCUGGGCAUUAGCAUGGCCCGCAGCGCCAUGCACCUGCGCGAUGCAGCCAAGCUGGCGGUCACCGUGAGCAUCAUGAUCCCGCUCGGCAUCGGCAUCGGCCUGGGCAUUGAGAGCGCCCGCGGCGUGCCAAGCAGCGUGGCCUCUGUGCUGCUGCAGGGCCUGGCGGGUGGCACCUUUCUCUUUAUCACCUUCCUGGAGAUCCUGGCCAAGGAGCUGGAGGACAAGAACGACCGGCUGCUCAAGGUCCUCUUCCUGGUGCUCGGCUAUGCUGUGCUGGCCGGCAUGGUCUUCCUCAAGUGGUGAGUCUCCUCCUCCUCCUACUCCUCCUCCUCCUGGUCCUCUGCGUUGUGGCUGCGGUGAGCUCCAGCAGGACACAGGCCAUGUCCCCCAGCCCCACCUCCCUGGAGAGGGAGUGCAGGGACGAGGCCUCCCCAGCCCGGGCUGUGCCCCCAUCCUGCAUCCCGAGUCUCCACGCACCGAUGCUACUUUAAAAACACUCUUGAAAAAGAUUCGCUAGAGCUGUGUGGCCACAUCAACCUUGGGCAGGGUGGGGCGCCGACUGGCGGGAGAUGGGGCCUGGGCCACAGGUCCAGACAUGUCAAGCCCAGACUUGCCCCACCUCACCCCCGCUGAGGACAGGAACCUCAGGCCCGGCUGUGCCCAGGAUGUGAGCAGCAUCAUCCCACAGCUGGGCUGGGUGGCUGCAAGGCCCGUGUCCUUCAGCCAGGGAUUGCCAGCGAUCCACCCUCAAGACACACACACACACACACACACACACACAGCAGCACCCCAGGGCAAGAAGCUCCUGGGGCAGGGAGCAAGGCGCGUCCUAGCAACCCCUCCCUGCCUGACCUGUUGCCUUGGCAACCCCAGCCUGCCACUGGGGACCUGGAGUCCAGUGAUCAGGUUGUUUUGGGGAGUUUGCUUGGCAGGAAGGAACCAGGUUUUGAGCCUGGAGCCCUAUCUCUGGGCCGUGGUCAUGCUGGAUGCUGAGGUCUCCCUGGUGCCCCCACGGACCCCAGUGUCCUCCAGUGCCCACCCCAGGCCGUGCUCUCUGUUCCAACUUCUUCCUAUGCCUGGUGCUCAGCCAGCACCCAUGGCCCAGUGCUGUCCUUGCUGUGGGAUAUCUGGGUCCCCAACAGGGAGAGCCCGUCCCUCAUCACUGUGGCGAGGACCAGCAGUGGCUUGUCCGAGGUUGGGUGUCCCCUGAGGGUGUUGCCACCUGCCCAGCUCCUAGGACUUGGACAUUUGCAGCCUGAAUGUCCUUGUGAGGACUCAGGAGUCAGAGCCAUCGCCUUGACCCCCGUAGAUCAGCGCGGUUUCAGACCCAUCUCCGGGGCCCAGAGCACAUGUCCGGGCCCCCGAGCGCUCUGGCAGGGCCGUCCUCAGUGCUGUUGGCAGUCGCGCCCUUUCUUGCGCACUCCAGCUGUCUGUGAGGCCGGCGCAGCCCGGCCUUGACCCGGGCCGGGAAGUGGCUGUGCGGGUGUGAGACAUCUCUGCUGUGUCCUGCACCGUGUUCCUGCCCUGUCACCAGGUGCUGCCCACCUGGCCUUUGCCACCAAAACGCAGGUGUCACAGAGAUGCCAGACCCACUUGGGGAGGACCCAAGCUCUGCACGGAUGUGGGGUAUGGCCUGGUGACACGACUGGGCCAGGACAGGAAGGCUCAGGUCCCCCCAUGCAGCGGACAACAGUCUGUUCUAGCAGGCCCAGCUCUGUACCUACCCCAUCACCACCAAAAAUGCACCCUGUCGGGUGCCCCCCUCCACGUCAGCUCCCCGGAGUGGCCCUGGGGACACCAGCAAGCCUGUCUAGCUGUCCUCAGCCUCUUCCUUACCUUCCCCCAAGAGGAGCCUCUGAGGUGAUGCCAACCCCUCAGCCAGAGCUCACCCAGGGCCCUCAGCCCACUGCCGGGCACCCCUUACCCAGGGCACGCCUGCUCCCACCACACCUCCGGUCGACCUACUGUGGCCACACCCACUGCCCUUUGCCCCUUGGGAUCCUCACCCCUUCCUUCCCCCGAAGUUCAUCCGGGCCUCUUCAAGUUUGCGAGAGGCAGGGGCUGUGGUCACGAGACCAGCCUGCUCAUCGCCACCGCUCCUGUCCACUGUGGUAAAAGGCAUUGUCAGCCCUGGGCUCCCGGCAUCCUGGGACCACAGGGAGCAGGUCAACAACUGAUGCAAGCCAACUCAAGGCAGUGUGCUACAUGGCGUUUUUUGGGCCCAACUUGGUGGCUGUCCCGCUUUCAAAAAGGAAGUGGAGGUAUCUCCACUGGGGUGCCAGGAAGCAGCACAGUUCUCUCCGUGACACACCCAGGUGUGACCUGGAUCAGGGCCUCUUGGGGUUCCAGCCCUGUGUGGGGGUCCUGACCAUGUACAUGUGCACUACCACAUGACAGUAGGAGCUUCCGCUUGAGUAAGACAGGAGUCACCACCACCCUGGGACAUCCAGAGCUCUGCAGAACUGGCUGGCCAGAAUUCGUCACAACAGGUGACAGGCUACAACCUCUGCCACUGUGACGCCCAGAACUGUCUCGCAGCUGGAGAGCUGGCACCCUUUCUCAUGAUCUGUACUGACUGGGGUUCUCAGUUGUGAUUCUGGCCCAGGGGACACUGGGCGGUGUCUGGGGACAUGCUGGCUGGAGGCCAGGGAUGCCGCUCAGCACCCUGCCAGUGCCCAGAACGCCAGCCCCAGCCUGUCCCUCCUGCGGAUCUGCAGCACAGACAGUGGCGACAGUUGACAGGUGCGUCCCGCCCUCCGUCUGGAGCAGAGGGAGAAGGAAGGGGCGGCAGCCCCGGGCCUGCGAUGGAGUCACCGUAAUAACAGCGUGUCGAGCCUG